AUGUCUUACCGGGUCGGCGUUCUAUGCUUCAAGUAUUAUAUCGUCGCUAAUCACCCAAUAGAAACUGCAUCUACGGGCCGUGCAACAUGUGUAGCCACCGAGUGCAAGAAGAACGGCGUCAAGAUUGAGAAGGAUGAUCUUCGCUUCGGUGUGUGGGUUGAAAUUAAGGGUAAUGGUAGUUUCAGAUGGAAACACUGGGGUUGUGUCACAGGAGCUCAGAUCCAGAAUAUGAGAGAGAAGCUGGAAGACCCCGAUGAUCCGGGCACCUACCGCUGGGAUUUUCUGGAUGGAUAUGACAGUGGUGAGAAGAACAGUAUCGACAGGUUCCCGGAUUUGCAGGAAAAGGUUCGACGCGUCAUUACUCAGGGCUUCAUCGACCCCGAAGAUUUCAAUGGUGACCCUGAGAUGAAUGUUCUCGGAGAGAAAGGACUACGUACUCCCGCAUCUAAGGCAAAAGCUAGGGCAGACAAGAAGAAGCAAGCAGAAGAAGAAGAAGCGAAUGAGUCACCCGAAGCAGAAAAUACCCCCAAGAAGACUGCUUCCAAAAAGCGUGCUAAGGGUGGUGAUGAGAGUGAGGGUGAGGAGAAGCCUGCCAAGAAGAAACGUACUACGAAGGCGAAGAAAGAAGAGGACAGUGAUGAGGAGGCGAAACCAGUCAAGAAGUCCAGAGCUAAGAAGGUGAAAAAGGAAGAGGGCAGCGAUGAAGAAGCCAAGCCAGUCAAGUCCAGAGCUAAGAAGGUCAAAAAAGAAGAGGAUAGUGAUGAGGAAGUUAAGCCAGUCAAGAAGUCCAGAGCUAAGAAGGUCAAGAAGGAAGAAGAUGAAGAGGAGGAUGAAAUAUCCAAGCCUGCUCCAGCCAAGAAAUCCAGGGCAAAGAAUGUCAAAAAAGAGGAGGAUGUCGACAUGGUCAAGGAUGAAGAUGACUCUGACACACCUGCUGGUCCUGCACCAAAGAAGCGCGCUCCCCGCGGAAAGAAAGUCGUCAAAGAGGAGGAAUUUGACGAGCAAAUCGGGGAAGCGGUCGAGCCAGUCAAGGCUCCAGCUAAAAAAGGACGCAAGAAGGCCGUCAAAGACGAACCUUCUGAGGAUGUCGUCAUGACUGGCGCUGAGUCUUCCGCUGUUGCUGAAGGAUCCACCCUUCCAACUGAGCUUGAUUCUUCCUAUGGUGUCAAGGGUGAACCUUCGAAUGCUGUUGACCUUCCUUUUGCUGCUCCAGAUGUCGAUGAUAUUGUCACCCAGAUCGCCACCCUGAAAAAGCUGAAGUUCAAUGACUCCCUUCUUUCAAGUGGAAGAGAGCUAGGUCCUGAUGAUGAGACGAUGAUCCCCGGCAUCAAAGAUUUUGAUCUUCGGACCAUGUUUGCCGACAGUGUCAAUGACGGCGAGAUUGAGGAUGACCAAAUCUUGGCAUUCCUCGAGAAGAAGAGAGAUGAGUUGGUUGCGGAACUGGAAUCGAAGAUGACGAAGCCAAAGAAGAGAGGUCGUGGCAAGAAGGGUAGUAUUGCUGCCGCUUCAUCUACUGGCAAACGCACUACUUCGAAGGCUUAG